AUGUCUCUCCACCCAACCUCAAUCUACAGUCACAUGAUAGAUGGCUCAGGCAAGCGAGUUUCCUAUCUGAGACGUUUUGGCUGACAGCACUCGGGAAGCAUUGAGGAUGGCUGACAUCGAUUUACCUCGCGCUCCAGCGCAGCUGCGUCCUUUGCACCGUCGUCACCCAUUAUGCCUUUCACCACGGGAGAGGACAUGCUGCUGCAGCUAGACAGUAAGGAGUUUGACUUCAGUCUUCAGUUCGAGCAGCUGUUCUUCUCCAUCGUGCCCUCGGCGCUGUUCAUCGUCGCGUCGUCAUGGCGCACGCUUUCGCAGGCACGCAAGCCGAAGAUGGUGCAUGCACCAACGUUCCAGUAUAUCAAGUUGGGUGCAAUAACGGCCUAUGUCUGUCUAGCGCUUGCCCUUGUUGUUCUCGCGGCAGUCAGUCAUGUGCAUGUGUCCAGCAUGUUCAUGGCAGCCGUCGUUCUCAGAGUCGUAGCAGUGCUCCUCAUGAUGGCGCUCAGUGCGGUUGAGCACAGCAGAAACCCGCGGCCAUCGACACUGCUGACUACCUAUCUGUGCCUCACUCUACUGCUGGAUGCGGCGCAGGCGAGAACUCUGUUUUUAUCUUCGACGAGCCACUCGGAGCGCGUCUACAGCGGCAUCUUUUGUGCUGCCGUGGCUUUGAAGGCGGGCAUCCUGGUGUUGGAAGCCCGGCAAAAAGCAAGCUGGGUGCGCUGGAACAACGACGAGAAAGAGCACAGCCCAGAGGAGACGAGCGGCAUCUUCUCUCUCGGUGUCUUCUUCUGGCUGAACAAGCUGUUCCUCGCGGGUUACCGGACCAUCCUGACCCUUGAGACCCUCCUACCGCUCGAUAGCUCCCUUGACGCCGAAGCCCUCCACGCCAAGUUCUCUCGCAACAUGGACUAUGCCAAACUCAAGGGCGAUAAGUUUAGCCUGGCUAAGGUCCUUGCGCGCACCCUCAAGGUGCCUCUACUGCUUCCUAUCGCCCCGCGCCUGGCGCUCCUCGGCUUCACCUUUUGCCAGCCCUUUUUCAUCGAGACCCUAUUGGGCUAUCUCGCGGAGCCUAAACUCAACCCUAAUAUUGGAUAUGGCCUGAUCGGCGCGAGCUUCUUUAUCUACUCCGGAAUCGCCACCUCCAUGGCCUUUACCUGGUACUUCCACCACCGCCUGCGCAUCAUGAUGCGAUCGAUAUUAGUCCCUGAGAUCUUCAUCAAGGCCACGAAAGCGCGUGUCGGAGCGGCCGAUGACAGCGCCGCGCUGACGCUGAUGAGCACCGACCUGGAGCGCAUCCGGAUGGGCUUCAGGACUCUGCACGAACUGUGGGCGUGUCUGGUCCAGGUUGCGCUGGCUGCCUGGAUGCUAUACAGGCGGCUGGGUGUCGUCUUUGUCGCAGCCAUUGGUAUCGUCAUUGUCUGCUUCGCCUGCCUGGGCGUCCUGAUCAACUUCACUGGGGAUGCGCAGAGAGCGUGGAUGGCCCGCGUGCAGACGCGUGUCGGUCUGACGGCCACCGUAAUUGCUAGCAUGAAGAAUCUGAAGAUAUCGGGGCUUUCUGCUGCCGUCGGCGACUUUGUGCAGAGGCUUCGCAUCGAGGAGCUUGCGGCAGGAGCUCGGUUCCGCCGCAUCUUCAUCGCUGCUGCGCUCUUCGGCUUUAUCCCGCUGCUGUUUGGCCCGCCCCUGGUCUUUGCCUUCACGCAACGAGCACUCGACAAUUCACGUGUGUUUACCAGUCUUUCUUUCCUGACGCUGAUGACGAUCCCGCUGUCGCAGGUCUUCCAGGCUGUCCCCGAGAUCGUUUCUGGCUUCGCCUGUUUGGGCCGCAUUCAGGCCUUCUUGGAGUGCGAGACACGUGAGGAUGUUCGCCAGCUUCUUGUUGAUGCUGAGGCUUUGCCUGAAGUAGAGCUGGCCGUCAAGGACGCCAAGUUUGGGUGGGAAGCGGACAAAUUCGUAUUGCAGAAUGUGAACUUCUCACUGGCGCGAAGCUCACUCACCAUGGUCGUGGGGCCCGUUGGCUCGGGAAAGUCGACCCUCUGCAGGGCGCUGCUGGGCGAGAUGCCAUUCAGUGAGGGCCAAGUGAAGUUGAGGAUGCAUCAUAGCCACGUUGGCUACUGCGACCAGACUGCGUUCCUCUCCAACGGGUCGGUGAGAGACAACAUCGUGGCCUUUUCGGCAUUCAACCCGGUGAGGUACGCUGAAGUCAUUAACGCGACUAAUCUCAGCUACGAUUUUGCUACGCUCCCCCAAGGAGACGGGACCAAUGUCGGGUCUGACGGAAUCACACUGUCCGGUGGCCAGAAGCAACGCGUUUCUCUCGCACGAGCUUUGUAUAUACAGGCUGAUCUGCUUGUGCUAGACGAUGUGUUCAGCGGCCUGGAUGCCGAGACCGAGGAGCACGUCUUUGACCAAGUCUUUGGGCCACAUGGCCUGCUGCGAAGACGGAGGGCUACCGUGGUGUUGUGCACCCACAGCGUGCGGCACCUGCCCGCCGCAGAUCAUAUCAUAGAACUUGAAGACGGCACCAUUGUCGCGCAAGGUAGCUUCGACCAGCUGAGGGUUGGUCAAGGCUUUUAUCAACACACUCUGUCACAAAAGUCGACAUCCACAACAUCAAGGGAGCCGCAACCACAACCACAACCGCAGCCUUCUGCGGCGCGGACAAUAAGUAAGGCAUUGCCGGCGCCAGCCACAGAUAGCGCGCGGCAAGUUGGGGAUCGAGUGGUAUACAAGCACUACAUUAAAAGCAUGGGGAUGUUCUUGGCACUGUGUAGCGGCUUCUUCGCUGCGCUUUGGGGAUUCUUCACUAACUUUCCAACGGUCUGGCUCACGUUUUGGACUGACGCCAUAAAGUCGGCACAUCGGGCGCACUCGGACGCCUACUACGUUGGCAUCUAUGCCUUGCUCCAGGCCUGUGCCUCGAUAGCACUGCUGCUCCUCGGUGUCGCCAUCUUCAUCAUCUCGGUGAAGAGAGCCGGCGCCAACAUACACCGCAAGGCCUUGAACACUCUUAUCCGGGCACCGCUUGCCUUCUUCACCAAGACGGAUACUGGUGUCGUCACGAACUUGUUUUCGCAGGAUUUGAAUCUUAUCGAUACUGAGCUGCCGGAAGCUACCAUCAACACGCUCGUGACUCUCGCUCAAGCGGCCGGACAGAUUGCUGUCAUGCUCACGUCGUCGGCAUACCUGGCGAUAAGCUAUCCCUUCCUCGGUGCGCUGCUGUAUGUUGUGCAACGAUUCUACUUGCGCACUUCCAGGCAGAUACGGCUGCUCGACCUUGAGGCGAAGAGUCCCCUGUACACGCACUUCCUAGACACCGUCAAGGGCAUCACAACCCUGCGAGCGUUCGGGUUCAUGCCCGACGAUGUUCAAAGAAAUGCUCGCCUGAUCGGGUGCAGCCAACGGCCUGCCUAUCUGCUGCUCAUGAUCCAAGAGUGGCUGAAUCUGGUGCUCAACGUCGUAGUCAUGAUCAUGGCAGUAUUACUGACGACGUUUGCCGUCCGACUUCACUCUAAGUCUGGGUUCGCUGGCGCUUCUCUCUACAGCCUCUUGACCCUCGGGGAGAAUCUCUCAGGCAUCGUCAUCUACUGGACCAAGCUGGAGACGUCUCUGGGGGCAAUAGCUCGACUGAAGUCUUUUGGUGAAACCGUUACCCCCGAGGACAUGGACGAGGAGGACAUUGUUCCUUCUGAACGAUGGCCUCGACAUGGUGUUGUGGCAUUGCAGGGGAUCUCAGCAAGCUACGAAGAGCAGGUUGAAGGCGAGGGCACGCCCAAACUCGCCCUUCGUGACAUCCACCUGACAGUCGCUUCAGGCGAGAGGGUGGCCAUCUGCGGACGUACCGGCAGCGGCAAGUCCAGCCUCAUCGCCCUCCUUCUCAAACUCGUCAAUCCCCUCCCAGAGACAGCAGGCAAUGCCACAAUCGACGGCACGCCGCUCCGUCGCCUCAAUCGGCUUGCGCUGCGUCAGCGCAUCAUUGCCAUGCCCCAGGAAGCCGUCUUCCUGCCCGAUGGCUGCACAUUCCGGACAAAUGUGGAUCCACUGGGUGUUUCAACGGCUGCAGAAUGCGAAGAGGUGCUAACGGCGGUCGGCCUGUGGAGCUUCGUCGUAGCGCGCGGCGGUUUGGAUGCAGGCAUGAGUGCGGGGACUCUGAGUGCCGGGCAGCGGCAGCUCAUGUCGGUUGGACGCGCGCUGCUUAGACAGCGUAUCCGAGCGCGGCAGCAGGCACACGGCGGGAUACUGUUGCUGGACGAAGUGAGCUCGAGUGUAGAUGUCGAGACGGAACGCAUCAUGCAGGAGAUCAUCAGGAACGAAUUUAAUGGCUAUACAGUGAUAGCUGUGAGCCAUCGGCUGGACAUGAUCAUGGAUUUCGACAGAGUCAUUGUCAUGGACACAGGCGAGAUUGUGGAGAUUGGAAAUCCUGUCGAGUUGGCUGGAGCGGCGGGAACUAGGUUUGGGGAUUUGGUCAGAGCGGCGAGGGCCGAGUAGUUAGGGAUGAUCAACAUGUUGCACCAAGCCUGGCCGAACCUUGAUAUUUGUAAGUUCGCGUACUUGCACAAACAGUUAUAUUGCUAUUUGACUAUCUC